AUGCCGGUUCCUGGCUCUAACUUCGUUCCCUUGUCAAUCCCACCAUUAUCAGCAAUCCCAGAUCCUAGUCGGGUGGAAGAAGCAACAGGAGCAGUGCAACGUUUGACUACAGCUGCUCGCACUCCUUCUUCUGUACCCACAUUUGCUACUACAGCCACUGGUGCUCCUGCUACUGAUUCAUCCACAAUUGCUGCUACAAACGCUUUCACUUCUGCUGCUACUGCUUUUACGUUUGCUGGUACAGCCACUGGCCAGCAAGUGUUGCAGCAGCAGCAGAAGCAGCAGCAGCAGAGGCAGACAGAACAGCAGCAGCAGCAGCAGCAGCAGCAGCAGCAGCAGCAGCAGCAGCAGCAGCAGCAGCAGCAGCAGCAGCAGCAGCAGCAGCAGCAGCAGCAGAAGCAGCAGCAGCAGCAGCAGCAGCAGCAGCAGCAGCAGCAGCAGCAGCAGCAGCAGCAGCAGCAGCAGCAGCAGCAGCAGCAGCAGCAGCAGCAGCAGCAGCAGCAGCAGCAGCAAAUGCAGAGGCAGAAUAAUAAUGAUAAGCAGCAUAUUCAGGCAGACCUGGAGUAG